UAGAACGAACCAAGACGAGCAAAUCAUUGACUGCGCCGAAUACUAAUAAAAAGAUCAACAAUAAAUUUACUAGAUGAGAGAAAACAAGUCUCGGGCAAAAUGAAAAGCAAAAGACUACUUCACUGAAGGUCGAUGCCAUUGGUCUGAAUCAGAUCAUAACUGAAAUAUCCGAAUCAAAUCAGGUUGAACACAUGAAUGGCACUGAUGAGAUGACGAGUGAUAAUUCUGAUACAAUUUCAAUAACUCCUAAUACGGAGGACAAUAAACAAAUCGGUUCGGUGUUCAAGAAAACUCAUCUCCUUCCUCUAAUCCUGAGAAUGCCGGUCAAGAAUGACACGAUUCAUAUUACGAAAACAAAUAAAAUUUCACCCAGUCCAAUGACAAGGCAUCAGCAAAUUCCAUUGGAUCCAAGUUUGCAACACGAACUCAAUCUGGAAGCAAAUGAAAACGAAGCAAUGGAAUCGGAAUAUGUUGAACAGAUACCAAAGAAAUCAAACGAAAUGAACGUAUCUUUUACCUGAAUCUCCAACACUGGCGUUCAGUGCUGAAAGUGGAGAGCGGAACAAAGAAGAUAAUACAAACAGUACA